UAAUCUAAUCUUUGAUUCUUUGUCUGUGGCGUGUGUAUUUUGUGUAUUUUUAUCGUUUUUUUACACCUUUACUUUCUGAAUAAACUUUAUUAGUUCCAAGCAGAAAAUCUUUAGGAACAUUAAUAAAAAAUGUGUUAUUUCAUUCCACAAGCCACUAGUAUAAAUAAAUUAAACACUUAUCAUACAUAAUUGUUAUCAAGUCCAAAAUGGAAGAAGAGCUCAGGUGUAUAUGCAAAGAAUUCUACAGGGAACCAGUUUUGCUUCCCUGCGGGCAUGCACUGUGUCGUGUUUGUGCUGUUUCCCUUCAAAUCCACGUUAACGAUAACGACAACGCAUCUGCAUUGAAUACAGACUACCAAGAAGCGGACAAAGCAUCUGUGUCGAGCGAAACCGAUAGUGGUGUAGUUUGUGGAUCAAGGCCCAACAGUUACGCGGGCACUCCAGCCGCGCCGGCAUAUUCUAGCGCAGUUUAUAACAUAACUUGUCCAUUGUGUGGUAAGCAAACAUUUUUGGACGAGAAUGGAGCCGAAGGGUUGCCCCCAUUUCGCGUUAUGCGAACUAUCGUCGAACGUUUCGGUGGUGUCACCGUGGCUCCUGCCGCGGAGGAAGCGUGUCAAAUGUGUGAAGGUGAUAAACGGGUGGCCAUUGUUCGCUGCGAGCAGUGUUCCGUACGUUACUGCGCCAGCUGCAGAGACGCCUGGCACCCGACUAGAGGCCCGCUGGCGCAGCAUGAGCUGAGAGCUCUGGGCACAAUGUGCACGGACCACGGCUCACCACCCGUCCUGUACUGCAACACGUGCCUGCUUCCUAUUUGUCAACGAUGUCUGGCUGAGAGACACUCUGCUCAUGAAACACAACAUUUAUCUAGUGCAUCUAGAACUCAUAAGACUGAAUUAUCUCAAACGCUACAACAACUGUCUGAAGAAGCGAAAGCUAUGACUGAAUGUAUACAACUAGUCAAAGGAUCGGGAGAUAAGAUCAAUGAAUCUUGUGAAGAAUUAGAAAGGCAAAUAGAUCAUGCUUGUCUGGAAAUCACACGUGCUGUCGAAAGAAGAAGAGAUGAGUUGAUAAGAGCUGCACGAAACACAAAAACGGAAGCUGUAGCAAACAUGCGCUCCUUCAUGUCGCAAGCUGCUCAAAAAGUGCAUGAAGCUACAGCAUUAUUACAUUUUUCAAUAGAAGCUUUAAAGGAAUCAGAUCAUGCAGCAUUUUUACAGGUGGGUAAAAUUCUAACAGCUCGGGCGCAAGAAACUGCAUCCGGCCUGCGGAUGUCACUCGAGACGCCGCCGUCGCCGCCGGCGCUCACGCUGGACAUCGAGCCUGUCUUGAGAACUGUCAAAGUCCUUAACUUUGUUGAAUGCAUACCGCCGGGCGCGCCCGAGCUGGCGGUGGAGGCGUGCGCGGCGCGCGGCUGCUCGUGCACGCUGGCGUGGCGUGCGCCGGCUUGCGCGCGCGCCGUGCGCGGCUACGUGCUGGAGCUGGACGACGGGCUGGGCGGGCCCUUCCGGGAGGUGUACUGCGGGCGCGAGACCGUGUGCACCAUCGACGGGCUGCACUACGCGUCGCUGUACAGCGCGCGGGUCAAGGCGUUCAACGGCGCGGGCGAGGGGCCCUACAGCGAGGUCAUCGGCUUGCAGACGUCGCCAGUGGCGUGGUUCACGUGGGACGCGCGCUGCGCGAGCGCGGAGGGCGGGCUGAGCGUGGACGCGGAGGGGCUGCGCGCGCGCGCCGCGGGCUGGCAGCCGCGCGUGGCGCUGGCCGACCAGCCGCUGGCGCGCGGCGUGCACUACUGGCGCCUGCGCAUCGACCACUACGACGGCAACGCCGACCCCGCCUUCGGAGUCGCGCGCGCCGACGUCGCUAGGGACAAGAUGCUUGGGAGCGACGCACUGGGUUGGGCGAUGUACAUCGACGGCUCGCGCUCGUGGUUCGUGCAUGGCGGCGCGCACGGCGGGCGCGCGGAGGGCGGCGUGGCGACCGGCUCCACGGUGGGCGUGCUGCUCGACCUCACGCGCGGCACGCUGCGCUUCACCGUCGACGAGCAGCCGCAGGUACGCACGGGCGAGCACAUCGACGGCUCGCGCUCGUGGUUCGUGCACGGCGGGCGCGCGGAGGGCGGCGUGGCGACCGGCUCCACGGUGGGCGUGCUGCUCGACCUCACGCGCGGCACGCUGCGCUUCACCGUCGACGAGCAGCCGCAGGGCGACAUCGCAUUCACGGGGCUACGAGGCGCGUUCUACCCCGCCGUGUCGCUCAACCGCGGCGUGGCGGUCACGCUGCAGCCCGGCCUGCCGCCGCCGCCGCCGCCCCCCGACCUCGACCUCUCCGCCCUCUCCAUAGAAUGACUCGUGUCACUGCAGACUUGCCCUUCCAUGUGAUAUUAUAAUCACUGGAAAGCGGAAUAUAUAAAUAGUUUAAAUAGGUAAUUAUGGUUGGUUUUCGUGACGUUUGUUUUCGUCUUACAAAGCGUACAAUGCUUUAAUUUGAUAUUUUUUUCAUUUUGUAUAAAUUUUAAAACAAAAUAGCUGCCAUAAAUGCACUUCAUGGCGCCUUUUUAUUCAAUUUUUAUCCAAAUUCUUUAUCCAAAGCAAGGGGUAAAUUGUUAAAAUUUACCCCUUGCUUUGGACUACGCUCAUUUGAUCUUCAGUAGUAAAGGAUGAAGAUGCAUCCUAAACACCGCCAACCUGCUUCGGAGCAGUGUGGUGGGUCACGAGACCAGGUCAUUGGAAUUAAAUAAUGAAUAUAGCGUUUUUUUAGAUAUCACUAUUUAUAACAAUAUGAAGCUUGUACACUAAACUUUGAUUUUUUUUUACGUCCGUACUUAAUUAAUACUUAUUUAUAUUUUUCAAUUAACUUAAUAUUUUUUUAUACUACUCGUAUGUUGAUAAAUGACAUUGUGAAGGUUGCUAAUAUUUUUUAUUUUAUUUUUACAAGACUGUGCAGGUUUAUGAAGAUUAUUAUAAAAGAAAAUUAAAUAUUAAUUUUAGUUUAAGCAACAUUUAUUCCAUAAUACGAAAAUUCGGGUAUACCUAAAAUUGUAAAUAAUGCAAAGCGAAGCUAUCAUAAUAUUAACUAUUAUUUUUAUUAUUAAUCUUGGAAGAACACAUAAUCAUACAAUAUAUUUUUAAAAAUAAACAGCGCAAAUUCUGUUGUACAAAAGCGUAACUUAUAGUCUGGCAAGUUCGUUGAUGACGCUCCCAUGAUAUGCGGGUGACGGGGGGAAAGACUGCGCGGGACUGGUGCGUGCGGGGAAGUGAAGUGCGUCAGUUGUGGGUUUUUCAUUUAUCACGCCUUCCAGCCCGCCCCAGCAUAGGGAGUGUUACGAACGAAGUUUCCAAGCUAUAAUUAGGGUUACAUCACACAUAAUAUAAACUCGAAAAGAGGUCGUUACCGCAUAAAUAAGAGAUCCGGCAUAUGAAAUAUAUACCCUCAUCUGUUAUUUAAUUGGAAUAAUAAGUGACUUUUUAGAAGAUUCAAAAGAAAAAACCAAUGUCGAUCAAAGGUAAUUCACAAUAUUUGUCAAGACAACUUAAUUAACAAAUCAAACUGUAACCAAAAUAAGACCGUAGAAUGGCAUAGAAUGAUCUUGAGUGGAGUCACGAACUUGUGAUCGUUGUAUGUAGGUUUAAGGGAUCCCUUUACAGUUAACUAACACUCCCUUUUUCCACCGCCUAUCACAAGUAACCCAUAAAGAAUUACACAACAAGAAAUGUGGAGUGCCUUAUCUCAAUUUCUGCGUGUGUGUAGUCUGCCAAUCCGCAUUGGGCCAGCGUGGUGGACUUUAUUAGUCUAACCUUUCUUAUUCUGAAAGGAGACUUGUGCUCAAAAGUGAAUCGAAUAUAAGUGGUUAUUGAUGAUACACGAUGAAUAAAUGAUAUUAUAGAGCUAGGAAACAUCGUACAAAUGACUUACAGCUUUUAACAUUAAAAAAAUAUAAUAUCGACAAAAGCAAUAUGGAGCCCCUUUAUAUAUAAUUACAUAUAUUAAAGAAAUACUAAAUUGUGAAAAAUAAAGAUUUCCGAUUUUGCCAUUAAUAUACCAGUAUACUGUAUGGUUUUCAUAGAUUAUCUCAGACACAUGUUAAUUUUUCAGUUCAAAGAUUUUUGUACAACAGAUUUAGCUGGCGUAAGUUUAGACAAAUGCAAAAGUGGUCAUGGACUUAAUAAUUAAAAUACUGCCAUUAAUCUAUACUUAUAAUAAAUCUGUAGAGAGGUCAAUUCUGUACAUGAAAUAUAUUUCCAAAAUAACUAUCAGGGGGUGAUUAGUGAUCGAUACUGAUGCCAAAAAUGCAAUCAGUAAAAUUUUUGUCUGUCUGUCUGUCUGUCUGUCUGUCUGUCUGUCUGUCUGUAUGUUCUUUAUAGAAACAAAAACUACUGGACGGAUUUUAACGAAACUUGGUACAACUAUUCUACAUACUCCUGGGCAGGUUAUAGUAUACUUUUCAUUGCGCUACGAUCAAUAGGAGCGGAGCAGUGAAGAGAAAUGUUGAGAAAACGGGAGAAGUUACUCAAUUUUUUAAGUUUCCGUCGCGUGUACAGCCUUAAUGGUUAAAGCUACAUAGAAAUCAUGUAUGACGGAAAUGUUCUCCUUAAAAUUAUCUAUAAAAACACAACAGCAUAUAUAUGUCUAUCUUUUAUGGUUGACUCACAAUAGCACGUGUAACUCUCGAUAGCUUAGCAGUUCGGAGCUUUCUAAUUAAAUUUGUCUACUCUUAUGUUUAUAACACUCAUCACUCAUCCCUAACUAAAAAAGUUAACAUUAUUACCUAUUCAAUAAAAAAAGAAUCAUAAAAAUCGGUAAAGAAACACCAAAGUUAUACAAGAAAUACGCUAAGCCAUCGCGCGUGCAUACUAAUUCAUGCUAUAUGGAUUAUUUUUGUGUAACGGUUGCCGCGCUCGACGCGACUCGCGGGGGGGGGAGGGGGAAUAAAUAAAGAAGUGCAGCAUUAAUGAGUAGGGUAGGGGUAGAGUAGGGUAGGGGUAGGGUAGGGUAGGGGUAGUGUAGGGUAGGGGUAAGGUAGGGGUAGGGCAGGGGUAGGGUAGGGUAGGGGUAGAGUAGUGGUAGGGUAGGGGUAGUUGAAAGUAUACAACGACUUUCACGCGGACGAAGUCGCGGGCGACCGCUAGUAUAAGAAUAAUUUUAAAUGAUUGGGUCGAUUGAGUCGUAUAAAUAGUGGAUGCACAAUCAGCGACCAAAAAAGUCCCCACUCAAUGAGUGCCAAACACAACUCUUGGCACUCAAUUCAAGUAUUCAUUUGCAAAUUCAACCCUAAACUCAAUACUUAAGGUUGAACUUGCUCUGAAUUUGGGAUUUUUAUUAUUAUUAUUUUAUUAUUGGAACACAUUUAAAAGCCUUUAGGUAUAAUUUUCUUUACCUAUAAUUCUAAAACUGUCAUAGCAAUAUUGGCCAGUUUUUAAGUGAAAUUUUCUAUAUGAUUGUGCGUCCUUUUAUUGUAAGAGGUCAAUGCCGCAGACUUAUAAAUUAGCUAGAUACCGCAAAUCUAUAGCAGUAACUUCUUUUGUAUUUUAGUUUUUGUAUUCUAUUAAAUGAAUGGCAUCUAGCUAAUUAUAAGUCCUUGAACGUAACUAUGGUGUGUCCUCAUUUGAGGUUUAAAUUAUUUUUAAUUAAUCACGUAUAGUGACUUCGCUUCAUCAAACUCAUGGUUCAUUCCGUUCGGACGAAAGAAUCCGUCGAUAUCAAUAUAGACAAUAUAACUAGGAUUUUUAGUAAAUGUUAUUUUUAAAAUCGUUAGAAUUAUACGUAAGCAUACUUAAAAAAUACAACCACUUCUGACUAGCGUUUGUGUUAGCGCAGCGUAGACGCCGCGACAAACGCGUCGCGUGCGUUGAGCUGUCGUGACGUCACGCUUGUAUAAUAGCGUUGUAUGCAUGAACCAGUGGCGGAUUUACCAGUAGGUUGAGUAGGCCUUCAAUUUGGCCCAAAAUAUUUUGUUUUACAGAAAUAAAGAAUAACAUAUCUAAAUAUACCUACAUAGAAAUAGAAACACUGUAUCAUUAAAAUUUUAAAAAUUAAUAAUAAUUUUAAAAGAAUUUUAUUAAAAUUUAUUACAGUGAAUAAAUGUAACUGAACAAAAAGAAAUAAAUAAAUUUAAAACCCAAGUUCUUGAGUUAAUGAAUUAAUUAAUAUCAAGAUGGCGCCCUUAAAGCAACUAUGACAUGACAAUUGACAGCAAAUGUCAAAUCGAGUACUGCAUUGAAAACGUCAUCAAUCCGCCAAUAUUUCGAAAGAAUUAAAGUAAAUUAGUAGAUUUGUAUAAUCAAAAAUAGUUUAAAAAAAUAUUUUCUUUUAUUGCCGCCAGUGUACUGAUCCUGGGCUCCAUACAAUUUUGGACCAUCUCCUUUAACGAAUAUUCUUACACUGUACGUGGUGUACAUAUACUAAAAUACUAACAUUUGCGUGACACUAUCAUAUAUACAAAACUGCUUUAAGCUGCCUAUAAAUGGGAGUAGGGUGGCGAAUUUCAGAGGUCAGUAGGAGGCAAAACUUAACAGCUUACUGGCGGCAAGUUUGUAAAUCCGCCACUGAAAUGUAUUGUGAUGUCAUCGUUGACGCAACGUUGUAGUCGCGGCGUUAACGCAACAGAACAAUAAUUAAAUGUGCGUUCAGAUGCGCAAUGCGAAAUAUUAGGUGUCAGCGGGAACGUAGCGACGCUGCGGUAAGAUUCACGCUUCUUGAAUUAACGUAUCUUAUGUACAUACUACCUGCAGCUAACUUCCGAGAUGUCAUAGAGUUUGAAUCGGACUACACUUAAUAAUUGGUAAUGCACGAAAACAAAUUGUAUAUAAUAAAAAUAGAAAUUAUGAACUUUAGACGUAUAUUUAAAUAAAAAAAGAGUGGUUGAAAAAGUGUUAUUCCGAGAAUAUUAGGGCGAAACUGAAAGGAAGACAAAAAAAUCGCAAUAUUUAUUUCCCCACUUGGCCGCACAUUUUCUGAGCAAAAGGAACGCUAAUAAGAAGGGCUUGUGUAUUACUUAAGUCUUUAAUAUUUAUGUAUUAUAUAAAUGAUGAACUAUGUUACUGUAAUGUAGGUUAGAUAGAUGCUAGCAACAAAUUUUAUGAUUAUGUUAGAGUGCGCGAGAGAAGAUAAGUUGCGCAUGGCCAAAAUCGGAACUAAUCAAAAGUGUUGCCAUCUAGUCGUCUAUCUCUAUCUAUCUCUUGGCGGGUAAAAGAGAUCACUGAUGUUGGCAACAUAAUAGCACUGCCAGCCGCAGACUUGUCUUGCGCGCACUCUAUCCGCAAAUAACUUUCAAAUGAAAUCCCAAUUAACAGUAAGUUUAUAUUAAUGAUGUUUUUUAUACUUAUACAAGCCUUAUGUUAUUUUUACUAUAGCAAAAUGCAUUGCAUUCUCUUUGCGUUAAAAUAACGAAAUCAAAUAUGUAAUUAGCUAGUGCCAUAUUCCGGCAUCUAUGAAUAUAGACUCCCCGCUACGAAAAAAGUCCCGUGACUAAAACCUGCACUAAAAUUGACAGCGUCUUACACAAAUGACAAUAAGACCGCCAUUGUCAAAAGACAAAGACAAUGAGCGCCAUUAAGACAUUAUCACCGCGUCUACAGGACUAGUUUUGUGGCGCGGAGUAUAGUAUGCACUUCCGAGUCCGCUCUGAACACGAGGCGUAUGGUUGCGCAUAAUGUACAAACCAGUGAACUUGAGUGUUGCAACUUCAGAGCGGAUAUAGAAGUAUAACGCAUACUCUACCUGUAUCCUGUAUUUUAGUUCAAAUGCUAAGUCAAUCAAUCCUCCUCGGAAAUAUUAUUUUAGGUUUGAUUUUUAAUAAAAUUGGUAAAAAUCGAGGUGCGAAUAAUAUUUAUCGCUUAUUUAUGUUUUAAGUAUUACGUCAUUUUAUGAUUUUAAUUUAAGUAGAAUAAAUAAUUUACGCGUACAGUGUUAAAAAUGUGAAUUUCCUGUUUAACAAAUGCUUAAUGCAGUGGAUUUAUUUAUUUUUCUUAUUUUUUGGGGGACCUGAAUUGCAACUAAAAAUUCCAUUUCCCACCAAAUUCCUAUAAUGUUUACAGUGAUAACUGAAUACUGAAAAUACUAUACAUACCUAUAUCAAUGAUUUUAAACUAUUAGAUACGUUACGUGCCUACGAAAUUACCGCAAAAACCGUUUCAAACUCAGCUAUUAGCGGACACACUCACAAUUAUUUUGUGUUUACUUCACUUUAUAUUUAUAGUUUUUAGACUUCCUGAAUACAACUCGGCAUUGUAGACAAUAUUUAGGUGUUAAUAUUAUUGUGCUCAGGUUAGAGUGAAACCACACGGUGCGGUGCGGCGCCGCACCGGAAACAUUUUGCCGCAUCACUGUACACAUGAGGUACGCGGCGCCGCAAUACGACACCGUUGCGACGUUGCGUGCGACGCAAAAUGUGUGCCUGUCACACGAUGCGCUCCGGCGUCGCACAGGACUUGCAACCACCGAGACGUGGCGGGGUGAAUGCGUUGCGACGUCGGGGUGGCAUCGCUCAGUUGUUUAUGCCAAUGAGUUAUUAACAUACUGCCCAAUGUUGCUAUGGCGCCGCUGCGACAUAACAACCUUGCGGCGUCGCACCGCUCGUGUGCCCGCUGAUACGGUGAAAUCGUACGAUUUGCGAUGCGGCGCCGCAACGCAUCGCAAAUCGUACGUAAUACCUACUCGAAAUAUCAAUUGUUUUUUUAUGGCAGCUUUCUUUCAAUCACGAUAUAGUUUUAGUAAUUUGUGUGUGGGCUUUUCUUUUAUAACAUAUUUAACUUAAUAUUGCUCUAUAUUUAUAGUUCAACUUAUAUCGUUUUCUGUAAAUGAUUAUUAGGUACCUGAUUUAUGUACUUAUUUCUAUUCUUAAUUAUCUAAUAUGAGUGAAUGCCUCUUAAUAAACACUUAUAUUUAUUAUUAAA